AUGGCUUCUCACAGAACCAUGGCACUACUAAACCCUGUUUAUGCUUUUGUUGUUCCAUUCCUGUUUGUCGUCACAGUUCCCUUGGCCAUUCUCGCCGGCAUCACAACCACGCUGGCAUUCGCAGUUCUCAUCUUCCGGGUUGUCAUAGUCUACCUAGAUGUUGCGCUUUCUCUCAUACCACAAUCUCUGGCGAGCUUCAAACGGCAGAAACGCUACAUAACUCACGAUGCACGUAUGCCAACCACUUUCACCACCACCUAUGGAAGCAGCAACGGCGACAGUUCAGCUGCGUCGUCUAUGCCGGGACCGCCACUGUUACACCGGCGAAGACGUCGUCGACCUAGCAGCAGUAUCAGCAUUUUAUCUACCGGCGGCUCUACCACGCCAAUCAACGAGUUUGGACUAGGGCUGAUGCCCAGCGUAGGGCCGGAACGAGAUUUUGAAGGCGUUGGCGGCUGGCGGGCUGGGGAUGACGAUGACGCUUGGACAACCAUCAAUUCUCGAAUGGAACUACCAGAUCGGCAAUUUACCCGGCAUCACUACCGGUCUCCGUCUGGCGGAGGUGCGACGACGCCAGGAGAUGGUGGAGUUUUGAUGAUGAAGACGAGGCGAAGGAGCCCAGAAUCCAAGGCGGCAGCGAGAACAGCCACGUCUCCAAACAGUUCUAGGACUAGAACUCCUUCAGCGUCACGGAUGCAAAGUCUGACUACGAUGGGAAUUGGAAAUUCGGACAGCUACUUUCCGUUAGCCAUGUCACCAAAGGCGAAGAAAAUGCCUAUUUAA